GGGGGGCGGGCUGUGCGGGCAGGCGGCGGGGAGGCCGCGGCAGCAGCGAGCUGCUGGCAUGAACAGAAUUCGGAUCCACGUCUUGCCGUCGAGCCGAGGCCGCCUCACGCCCGUGCCGCGGCCCCAGGAGCCUCUGGCAUGUGCCUUCACCCACCGGCAGUGCUCGCAGCCGCGCCUGGAGGGCCAGGAGUUCUGCAUCAAGCACAUCCUGGAGGACAGGAGCGCCCCUUUCAAGCAGUGCAGCUACGUCUCCGCCAAGAACGGAAAACGGUGCCCGAACGCUGCGCCCAAACCGGAGAAGAAGGAUGGCGUGUCGUUCUGCGCGGAGCACGCCCGUCGGAACACGCUGGCGCUCCAAGCUCAGAUGAAGAAGUCCAACCCCGGACCUGUGAGCGAGACGCUCCUCUGCCAGCUCAGUUCUUACGCCAAAACAGAGCUGGGCUCCCAGACUGCAGAGAGCAGCCGCAGCGAAGCCAGCCGCAUCCUGGAUGAGGACAGCUGGAGCGACGGCGAGCAGGAUCCUAUCACCGUGGACCAGACGUGGCGAGGGGACCCGGACAGCGAGGCUGACAGCAUCGAUAGCGACCAAGAGGAUCCCUUGAAGCAUGCUGGCGUGUACACAGCCGAGGAGGUGGCGCUGAUCAUGCGCGAGAAGCUGAUCCGCCUGCAGUCCCUGUACAUCGACCAGUUCAAGCGGCUCCAGCACCUUCUGAAGGAGAAGAAGCGACGAUUCCUGCACAGCCGCAAGGGCGAGCACGAAGCCAUAGGCAACAGCCUCCUGACGGGCCCCGAGGGGCUCAUGGCCAAGGAGCGCGAGAACCUGAAGCGCCUCAAGUGCCUGCGGCGCUACCGGCAGCGCUACGGCGUGGAGGCCCUGCUGCACCGGCAGCUGAAGGAGCGCAGGAUGCUGGCAACCGACGGCGCUGCCCAGCAGGCGCACACCACCCGCUCCAGCCAGCGGUGCCUGGCCUUUGUGGAUGAUGUCCGAUGCUCCAACCCGUCUCUCCCGAUGACCAGGCACUGCCUUACUCACAUCUGUCAGGACGCUAACCAGACUCUGUUCAAGCCGUGUCAAGGCUCGGAGGAGGUGCCGUGCAACAAGCCCGUUCCUGUGAGCCUCUCCGAGGAGCCCUGCUGCCCGCUCCACCUCCGCCUGCCCCCGCAGAUGUACGUACCCGAGCAGGUGCUCUCUGUCCCCGAGGAGCUGGAGGCAGCCCCCACAGACCUGUACCUGAGCGCUGCUGAGCUCCAGCCAACGGAGAGCUUGCCCCUGGAGUUCAGCGACGACCUGGACGUGGUGGGCGACGGCAUGCAGUGUCCCCCGUCCCCUCUGCUCUUCGAUCCCUCCGUGGCCCUCGACCAGUCCAUCAGAGACGUGGCCGAGGCCCCCAUAGACAUUCUGGCCCUGGAGGAGCCGGCCCCAGCGGGCGUCCCGGCGCAGGCGGUGCCGCCGGACAGAGGGAGCUCGUCUGCCCACGGCUUCCCCGCUGCCGCCGAGCCUCCUGCGCAGAGCCUCCUGCGCCCAGGGCCCCUGGACGAGAGGCGGCCGGAGGAGACCCCGACCUGCGGCGCGGCCGCCAACGGGAACCCGGAGCUGGCCUCCGGGAGCUGA